AUGGCUUAUUAUACGGUUGUCGAGUGGAGUUUUGAUCGAAAGACACCGGACGACGAGCAGCAAAUUCGAGACGAAUUGGAGAAGUUGUGCGAGUUGCGCCACAAACGCCUGGCGCGAAUCUACGGAUUCCAUUGGCGCGACGAUCAAUUGCUCAUAUUUCGGACGCACGUGCCGACGGGCACGAUUGCCGACCAUUUGCGGAAAGGCGCCCUCAAUGAGUUGGUCGCUUUCCGCUACACGUUGCAAGUGCUCGACGCGCUCAACUACCUUCACGAGCAGGGAAUUGUGCACGGAAAAGUGACGACGUCCAACAUGCUCAUCACGCUGUCCAACGACAUCCUCCUGGCCGACAUGCUCGUCAAACAGCUGCCGUGUGUUCAGAAGCGUCAAGCGCUUCUCAGUUCGCCUCCAGAAGCGUUUGGAGUGUUCGACGACUUUCCCAAAUUGACGCCGGCAUCGGAUGUUUGGGCCGCCGGUUGUGCUCUCGUCACGAUGCUCACUCGCUCGGCGCCGUUCUCCGACCAUUUUCUGCAUUUCCACGGCGACAAAUUGCAUCGGGAACUGAUACGCCAUUGGCGCAAGAAUCAGUUGGCGUUCACCAGCGUUGCGCUUCUGCCGAACGCCGGCCGCGACGUGUCGGAGCUCGUCGACACCAUCUUCGAGAUCGAUGCCGAUCGGCGGCCGCCCGCCUCGCAUCUCAUCGCCACGUUCGGCCAUCGGUGUCGGACGAGCUCGCUUCUCAAUUUUCAGCGCAUCAAUGUGGAGGAGGUCGAGAUGGUUGAAGACGUUCUUGUUGAGAAGUCGCCUGAGGUGCCUGUCGUUCCAAGGGAGGGUCUCAUCGCCUUCAUUCGCUGGAUCCUCUCGCGAAUAUUGAUCUUCUCGAUUCUGCUCGUCAAAUGGAUCGCGAUGGUGUUCUGCGCGGCGUUGAGCCUCGCGCUGGUCGCCGGCACCGUCUUCCUCUCGAUUUUUGUGAUCUACAACGGCAUCGAGAUGGUGUGUCGAUGCCGCCUCAACGAGGGCUUCAUCGUGCUCAUCGCGCUCAUCCUACUGCCCAUCAUCAUUCUGUUGACGACGUUGUGCUGCAACAACUCGCUCGAGAAAUACCAUCACGAUGUGUUGAGCGGCAAAGUUGAGAGGUCGUGGUUUGUUGCGAAGACACCCGAAAAAGAUAUCGCCUUUUUUGGGUAUUUAAUGAUCAAGGGAAAACCCAGAGAGGCUACGAGAAAGAUGGGCGUCUCGACGGGAAUCGCGCAGCUGAUGGGCAAGACCGAUUUUCUAAGCGGCUGUCGUGGCAGCGGAUCAGGUUCGAUCGGAGAUCGAAUCGCACGAUACCCGCAGGUGUCGUCGUCGUCGUCGGUCGACUGCUUCAGUCCGCUCCGAACACACGCACACGAUUGGCACGCAAUGCGGCGAAAUCGAAAAGUGCUUGUCGCGAUCGCCGUCGCGCUUAUUAUUCUGACCAUUUUAGUGCUCGUAUUCAACUCAUUCUCGACGUCGGCCGACUCGAACGAGCACGAGAUCAGCGUCGGAAUGCGGCCGAACGCGUCGGAAGUGCGUCUGAAGCGCGAUUUGAGUUUGAAGGAGGCGUGGAUGAAGCGCAAAUCGUCGUCGCCGCCGACGAGUCUCGCCGGAAUCUAUGUUCGCGAUGCGUAUCGCGUCGCCGACGACGAGAUUCGCAUCAUUUAUCUCGAGAAUCACGAUAAUAGAAUCAGUCUGAAGGCGGAAAUUCCGGGCGGCGGUUGGCAGCCGAUCGAAUGGUUCUGCUUCAACGCGACAUGCAUGGACUAUCUGUUCUGCACGAUGGCGACGCGAAUCGGCAUCGUGCGUCUGCCGCCGACGACGCCGUCGAUGUCGACGGUGCACGUGAGCGUCGAGCUGAGCGACGAGUACACGCCGAUCGCGGUCAACGACGUCAGACCGAAGCCGAGCGCCGCCUACGAGCAUCUCGUCGGCGUUUGCGUUCAGCCGAUAUUCUUCUUCACCGAUUGGACCAUCAUCAUUCAGUUCUUCGAGUCGUGGCUCGCGCAAGGCGCCACCAAAUUCUACUUCUACGUGCACAGCUAUACGAGGCAGACGAAAGCGGUGCUCGAUUUCUACGCGAAAACGCUCGGCGACCGUUUGGAGCUCAUCGAGUGGAGCGAUUUGCCGGUGCACGCGCGAGAACGCGGCGAUUAUUUCAAGGAUCCCAACGCGAGAGUUUUCCGGCACGCGGCGACCGCCUUCAUGCACGACUGCCUUCUUCGCGCUCGCUCGCACGUCAAAUUCAUCUCGAACACCGAUCUCGAUGAUCUACCGUUGGCGGCAAAUUUGAAUAUUUCGACGACGUUGGAAGCGGCGGCGAAACGCCAUCCGAAAGCCGCCCAAUUCAAAAUUGAUUGGAUUUUGACGCAUCAGCCGCAAAAUUGGGACGCGAUUUCGCGUCCGGCCGACGUUCAAUUCGAGCUCAAUUUGGCCAAAGUGCUCAAAAUCGAGCACAUUCGUUGGGACUAUCGAGUUUCGAAGAAGAUUUUCCAUCGACCCGAACGGGUGGGUUCAAUUUCGCCAAUUAAUUAUGAUAAUUGCCUUCAGGUGAUCCACUUCGAUAUGCACUCCGUCUACCGUAAUGAGGUCUCCGAAGACGACACGCAAUAUACGACCGUUGAAAUGUUCGAUAGUCCGCAUUUGCUCUUUUUGCAUUUGAGACGAUUCGAACGACGUCUUCUGAAUCCGCCGGCCGUCGAAUACAACAAUUCGUUCGAUUAUUCGCUUCUUCAUCGCCUCAAUCAGCGAAUGCACGACAAUUAUGCGAAGCGACUUGAAGCUUCGAAACAAUUUGAGGGUCAAAAAUUGGCACCAUGGGCACUAGAAGCUCGCGAGACGAUGCGAAAUCUCGAGCAGUGCCGUCGCGAGGCGUUCGGGACCACACUAGAUGACAAAAACGAGAUGUGCCAACAGAGUUCGGCGGGAUGCGAAGGAAUGCUGACGGCCGGCAUUCAGUUCAUCAAAGCGCCUCUCACGUGGUCCAAUCUCGCACACAAGGCACUCUUCAACGAUUAUGUGCAGAAAACGCGAAAAACCGGGUUUUUAGGCUUUUAA